AAAUUCCGUUUAAGUAGUGUUUUAGAAUAGUUGAUAAAUGAGGCCCCAGGAGUUUUUUCUUCAAAAAGCUUUUACAUUAAAAGGGCAUUAUCAUUUUCACAAUUUCAGCGUUAUUGCGACCUCAGUGUGGAAUAUCACGUUGAAGGCACUCCUUUAAAUAAAAAACUUUUCUGGAGGACUGCUCUACUCAGUGUAAAGUGUGUAGGCCUACAUUUGAGACCAGAAUGGCAGAAGAGCAGUUUGUUUAGAUAAAGACCAAGAAAACAGAACAGGCAGCUAGGUUUGGACAGUGUUAGUUUCCUCUCACUCCAUAUCCACCAUCUCUUACAUAACCCUGAACUGGAUGCCUAUUCACACUCAGCUUGCAUUCCUUAGGACCACAAUCCUCUUUGGCAUUAGUUUUCUGUUCUCAGAUCUUACAGUGUGGAGUAUGGGCUGGACGCUGCUUAUCCUUCUGGUUGUUCUGAUCGUGGUCCAGGGGAACCCGACCGUGACUGUCAGAACUGGGUCAGGACCACCAGUGGGGUCCGAUCAACACCCAAACAGUGUUCCUCUGGGCGAGGACACACAGACCACUACAGAGGGGGAAAGCGAGGUGGUGGAGAAAGUGAUGACGACUGGCAUGCUGAACCCAAGUCACUACCCUGCCCGUCGGGCAGCCACGGUGGUCCAACACUACCUGAACACCCGCUACGGCUCACCCUACAGGUGGAUCUUUCUCAGCAAAGUACACAGCGGCAGCGCAGAGGAUGUGGCAGAGAUGGGGAGGAAGUAUCAACUGGAGCUUACCAUGCAGGAGAUGAUCAGUAACGUUUCGGGGCAGUGCUCUGCGGAGCUCCUCUUUCCAGGGGGAGAGGGGCAGAGUGCUCCCCAGGUCCAGGCCUCCUGUGAGGGACUGCUUCAAAGUAACACCACGGCUCAGGAAGAGGCCUUCUACCAGCAACACAGAGCCAGCAAUAACCUGGUGUCAGGAAACAAUAUACCAGACAGCUACGGUCACAUGGAGACCAGCAUGAAACCCUUCUGGCAACUGGCGGGCGUGGCCUCCAGUUUUAUCAUGCUGAGGGAGUCCAAUGAGAGCACGCUGUACAACAUGGCCCAGGUGGCCAACUUCACACAGUUGGAGACUGAGAAUGACCAGCUGAGGUUCAACUACCAUGUCCUGCUGCAUGAAAUGAUUUCCCAGGAGAUCAUCCACUGGAAGCUGCUAUUCACCUGGUCCCCAGAACAGGGAGUUAAAGUCCUGCAGACUGAGCUGCAGCCAAAGUGCAACCACUGUGAGGCUCCUCCGAACACCACCAACUGAGAUACACACACAGAGAAAUACUUACAAGUACUACAGAGAAGAGUAUAGCACAUCUUUCUUAGGACUUGAAUGAAAGGGUAAAGCCAUUUUCUACCUGAUUUUGAAAAGCUGAGCUUUACACAUCACACUUGUCUUAGCUUUAGUAAUUAUGUUUACCUUCACCACUACUGCUUCAGAGGAGAGGAUAGGGCACAUGUCAAUGGCCUUACUGCAGCUAUGCCAAUGCACUGCUUUGACUGUGUCAGCUUGUAAGACUCUUGGUAAGAUAUAACAAUGUGUUUGUAAAAACCUUUUGUUAAUAUACUCUAUUGAUGAUGUGAAGGGGUCCAAUAAAGCCAUCACUAUAUACAA